UUCCAGAAGUGUGACGGUUACUCGAAGUACCGUCAAAGACAGCACAAGGACGACAAGGGCAGCCCAGAUCAGAAAUGGCCCGAUCACCUCGAGGAGGCGUUCUUCCGAGCUCUGGUAAAGUACCCGCCCAUGGGUCGACGCAAGCAGAUGCACAAGGAGAAGCAGCGUGGCCGCAACGAGCUUAUAGCCGAUCACAUUCAGGAGCUCACAGCCGAAAGCCGCACCAGGAAACAAGUCUCGAGCCACAUUCAGGUGCUCAAGCCAUUCGUCGAGAGUGAU